AUGUAUAAUAAUCUGCGGUGGCUAAAUGGAGAUGGCCCUAAUGCUCUUCAGAGUGGUGUUUCGUUUGGAAUGUCAUGGACACAGGGUCUCUACCAAUCAAGCCAGCAAUUCGUGAUUGAAAAUGAUGGCAAUCAAUGGCCACUGGAUUGCCGAGAAGUUGCUUACUGGGCCGAUGGGUCGCUCAAAUGGACGGCUCAUUCGGUCUCAGGUGACAUUGGCUACAGCGAAGAAUACAAGGUCAAAGGCACGCCGCAUCCAAUAAAAACCCAUGAAGGUGUUAAGGUUGAGCAUCAGGGCUCACAUCUCUUGGUGACUACACAUGAGGGAAUUGUCUUGAGAUUUGCUGCCCCGGGUAACUCAUCGAUCUUGGAAAGCUUUACUGUCAAAGGUCGAUCACUUUGCUCAAAUGCUACGGUUGUCGCAUCUAUCAACAACAAAGAAUACACAACACGCGUGGACGCAGUGGGUGUUGAAAAUACCACAUUUAGUAGGGCCGUCGUCAAAGUCACUGGCGUGGUAGAGGCUAUCGGUGUCUCUCGCCUUCCGUUCAAUAUGCGAUUCUAUGUUUAUUCGAAUAGUUCGUCUGUGAAGAUUAUUCACUCCUUCAUCCACGAUCUCGAUUCGAAUGAGCCUUUAACCUCCCUCGGAAUUCAAUUUACAGUCCCCUUUGAACAAACCGAACUUUAUAACCGCCAUAUCCGAAUAGGAGGAUCGAGUGGCGGCGUUCUGAAAGAAGAAGUGAAAGGAUUGACUGGGCUGCGUCAUGGCCCCACGAUUCAAAAUCGAAUCGACCAGGCCUCUGGAAGAUCAGUCAUUUUGGAUGAUAAAGAGUGGACUAGGACCGACCUUAAAAAAGGGGUGUCCUAUAUUCCAUCCUGGGAAUCGUAUUCUCUUUCCCAACUCUCAUCGGACGGGUUCACAAUCAAAAAAAGGACCAAGCCGGGCUGCUCUUGGGUCAAAGUCAUCGGAGGCGGGAGAGCUGACGGAACAGCCUAUGUGGGAUCAGCUCACUAUGGCGGACUAGCAGUGGGCAUGUCUGAUUUCUGGGAGCGUUACCCUACCCAGCUGGAUCUGAGCGAGUUAACCUCCGACCAUGGCAAAGUGACAGUUUGGCUAUACUCGCCGCUCUCCGAGCCCUUGGAAACCACGCCUUAUCAUGAUGGACUUGGGAUGGACUCUUACGAGAAACAAUUAGAUGGUCUAAAUGUCACGUAUGAGGACUUUGAGCCUGGAUUUGCUUCUGCAAAUGGCAUUGGAAGAACGAAUCAAAUCUUCCUGAGACCAUUCAAUGCUACCCCGUCGAAUGAAGAAAUUUCUUUGUUUUCAUCCUUAGUUCGAGAUCCACCUCGUUUGGUAGCCACACCGGAACAUCUACAUUCUACGGGUGCAUUCCAUGGAUGUUGGGCUCCUAGCUCGCAGAUCCUGGGCCAUGCGCCUACCCCGCAAGAAACAGAAGUCGAGAAAAGACUGAAUCUUUUAUUCGAGUUCUACCAUAACCAGGUGGAGCAAAACAGAUGGUAUGGUUUCUGGGACCACGGGGAUGUUCAACAUACCUAUGAUGCGUAUCGACAUGCCUGGCGAUACGAUGUUGGCGGCUUUGCUUGGGACAACUCUGAACUCUCCACCGACUUGUGGCUUUGGUUAUAUUUUCUCCACACCGGAAGAGCAGACGUUUUUCGAAUGGCCGAGGCAAUGACUAGGCAUACUGGUGAAGUGGAUGUGUAUCAUAUGGGGAGGUUUAAAGGGUUUGGAACCCGCCAUGGCGUCCAGCAUUUCAGUGACAGCUCAAAACAACUCCGCAUUUCGAAUGUCCUUUACCGGCGCAUCUAUUUCUACUUGACCGGAGAUGAGCGUACAGGCGAUUUAAUCACGGAGCUCCAGGAAAGCCAAAAUGCUCUAUUGACUUUGGAUUCACAUCGGAAGGUCCAAGAACACGCCGGCAUACCUGAAGGCUUUGCCAUGACAAACAUAGGUCUUGAUUGUGGUCCUCUCGUUGCUAGCUGGUUGACUGCAUGGGAACGGCGUUCGGAAGGAUGGGCUCGUUGCAAAGGACUUCUACUUAAGCUUCUGGACGGGAUCGCUGGGCUCAAACACGGUAUUGGAAACAAUGCUAUUCUGUUGAAUCCUACUACCGGGGAGGUCCGGGAAUGCCCGCCUCCAACACCGGAUUGGGCAAUUUCACAUUUGUCUAUGCUAUUCGGAUUUCCAGAAAUAUCUUCGGAAUUGUUCCACUAUGCUCGUGGUGAAUUCCCGGAGACUGUGGAGAAGUUCAUGAAGGUCUGGCUGUGCUACUGUCGGGCAUAUAAUGGAGGACCAGAUGUUCAACGGGAAGAAUUCGGCUUCGAGUUUCCAUCUCAUGCGACAUGGCGCCAGAGCCAUUCGACCCUGACGGCAUUUGCUGCGGUAGAACAGAAGCGUGAUGAUCUCGGUCAAGCAGCGUGGAAACAAUUCUUCAAUACUGAUGGAUACACGGCUAACCACGAUUGGACUGUUUUUAAGACAUCUUCUCCGGAGUACUUUGGCCACGGAGAGGAGGCUGUCUGGGUGACGACCAAUGAGGCAGCUCGCUACGGUGUAUCUGCGAUCUCUAACCUCGCAAACAUCCGUCGAUAUCUUAAUUAG